ACGGAUGUGGCUGUGACACAUCCGAGCCGGUGACGGGACGGAUGUGGGUGUGACAACCCCCACCCCCGGCGGGCGUGCUCGCGGAGGGGACGGACCGGGACGCCGCCGGCGUGUGGGGGCGCCGCAGCCGAGAGCCGGAGGCCGCGGGGAUGUGGGCGCCGCUGCUGGAUGCCCUAUGGGCGCUUCCGCUGGAGAAGCGCAUCUUCGCCGCGGUGCUGAUCUUCUCCUGGACGGUCUACCUGUGGGAGACCUUCUUGGCCCAGCGGCAGAGACGUGUCUACAGAACCACUACCCAUGUACCAAAAGAAUUAGGACAAAUCAUGGAUUCAGAAACGUUUGAAAAAUCUCGACUUUAUCAGCUGGACAAAAGUACUUUUAGCUUUUGGUCAGGACUGUAUUCAGAAGCUGAAGGCACUAUUAUUCUUCUUUUUGGAGGAAUUCCAUAUCUUUGGAAAUUUUCUGGAGUGUUCUGUAGGCGUGCUGGAUUUGGACCAGAAUAUGAGAUCACUCAGUCCUUGAUGUUCCUGUUUUUGGCCACACUCUUCAGUGCCCUCACUGGCUUGCCUUGGAGUCUUUACAAUACAUUUGUCAUAGAAGAAAAGCAUGGUUUCAAUCAGCAGACCUUAGGGUUCUUCGUGAAGGAUGCUCUCAAGAAAUUUGUCGUGACUCAGUGUAUUUUAUUGCCCGUUACCUCACUACUGCUUUAUAUCAUUAAAAUUGGAGGUGACUACUUUUUCAUCUAUGCCUGGCUGUUCACAUUAGUUGUUUCUUUGGUGCUUGUCACUAUCUAUGCUGACUACAUCGCCCCUUUAUUUGAUAAAUUCAUUCCUUUGCCUGAGGGAACCCUCAAAGAAGAAAUUGAAGUAAUGGCAAAGAAUAUUGACUUUCCUCUGACUAAGGUGUAUGUGGUGGAAGGUUCAAAGCGCUCCUCCCACAGCAAUGCUUACUUUUAUGGAUUCUUCAAGAACAAGCGGAUAGUUUUGUUUGACACGCUGCUGGAAGACUACUCGAUACUGAACAAAGAUCAUCAGGAGGAGAGCUCCCCGGAACCCCAGAGUAUUGGAGAGGGGGAGAAUCCUGAAACAAAGGCCAAAGCGAGAAAUAAGAAACAAGGCUGUAAGAAUGAAGAAGUUCUUGCUGUUCUUGGCCAUGAACUGGGACACUGGAAGUUAGGCCACACUGUCAAAAAUAUCGUUAUCAGUCAGAUGAAUUCUUUCCUUUGUUUUUUCUUGUUUGCCAUGUUAAUUAGUCGAAAAGAACUUUUUGCUGCAUUUGGUUUUUAUGAUUCUCAACCCACUUUGAUUGGACUAAUGAUCAUCUUCCAGUUUAUUUUUUCACCCUACAAUGAGGUACUUUCUUUUUGUCUCACAGUCCUGAGCCGAAGAUUUGAGUUCCAAGCAGAUGCAUUUGCCAAGAAACUUGGGAAGGCUAAAGACUUAUACUCUGCUCUGAUCAAACUUAACAAAGAUAACUUGGGAUUUCCUGUUUCUGACUGGCUAUUUUCAAUGUGGCAUUAUUCCCAUCCUCCACUAUUAGAGAGACUCCAAGCUUUGCAGGAUUCAAAACAAGACUGAACCAUCUGGGACUGCUCAAAGACACUUUCGGAAAGUUUCCAUCCUGGCAGCAUGUUUUAGCUCUUGAUGUUUUUACCUUCUUUUUUUUUUUUUUUUUUUUUUUUGGAAAAGAAAAAUUAAGUGCAGAUGGGUGCCCAGAUUUGAAUGCACUUAAUUUCCCAUUUUAAAAUUGAUUGGAGCAAUCCAUUUUUUGAAAAAGGAAAACACUGGAUGAGCUUUAGAAACCAUUGUAUAUAAAGGUAUUUUUACUUUAUUUUUGAUGAUAUAAUUUACCCCUGACUUAUUUGAAAAAACACAAAAGUAUUCAUUUGCAUACCCAUAAUUUAAUCUGUUCAUCGGGUUCUUUGGGCACAUCUUUGGAGGGAGCAUCUCAUCCUCUGAGACCUUUCUAUAAGGCUAAGACCAUUGUCCUGAAUCAUUGUGCUCAUACCAAAUUUAAUCUUUAAGUAGUUAAAUUUUUCAUGUUUAAUCUGACCAGCCAAUCAGUGUUUUAAAAGGGGAGGAAGGUACUUGCCAUUACAGCUGGUAUUCUGAUGAAAUAUGGUUAUAAAUGUGCUUUUGACCCUGCCCCCGUCUCUACAUUUAGAUGAGUAAUUGAAGACUUUUGUUCAUUGUGUUUUUAUUGGAUUUUAUUCUUUAGGAUCUGUUCCAUGAUAAAGAAAAUCAUAAAAGAUUUAAUGGCAUUUGGGCAAAGCCAUUUACUUCCUGUGUGACUGACCAUAUUAGGCAAAUCAAUAGUACCGUUAGUUUUUUUGAAUUUGCAAUCCCUUUCUAUCCCUGAUUUCAGCCAGGCCUUCAAUAAAGGAAGUAUGGAUUCCUUUUUCUGCCAGAAAUAGCCAUAUUAUGUAGGCUUCUAUAUCUAUACAAGGGGGAAAUUUGAAAAAGGAUGAAUAGAACAUAAUUUUUAGAGACCCCAAGAUGACAGGUUUCUUUUCACACUUAGGCGAAAUAAGUAAAAAUAAAAAAAAUAAAAAAAAAAUUCCUGUUUUGAGAAAACCUUAAUUUAGAUUUUUGCCCACUCCUCCAAGAAAUGACCAAUGCUAUGAAUCAAGCCCAUAGUAGCAUCCACUUAGACCAGUUGUAGUAGUUGUCAAUGGUUAUGCUACUUUUAUUACAAAGCAGUCCUCUACCCUGAGGUUCCUUUUGACAUUUUAAAAGAAAUGGGCACAUGAUUGCCUUAUAAUUACGUACAAUGCCUGAGAAGUUUUUGUGUCUGGUGUCCCUUUUGCUACAUUUGCGUUUUGGGUAUCUGCUCCAAACAGGAACAGAACCAUCCUGCAGAUUUCUGCAGGUAAAACUUGGCACAGUUGAGGUUUGGGGUGACUUCUCCUCAUGAAAAUAGGAUCAAAGUCAAUAUCUGUUGUAAUGCUUUAUUUAUUUUCUUAGGCAGAAUGAGAGAGGGUGAGUUUUACAGUUUUAUUCCUCCAGCCUCCCUUAUCCCAUAUCUCUUCCUUCUUGCUGAGAUGGCCUUCCCUUCCUCCUGUGCCUUUAAACUCACAUUUAAAUCCAGCACAAGUCAAAUCAUUAAAAAAUUGCCAAUGGAAA